AUGGACAUUACCGAUAUAAACAAGGUUGCCAAUCGCAAGAGAAUGACUGCAGAUGUUGAAAAGCUUCGGGAAAGGGUUUCUCGUGAGAAUAAAAAAAUUAUCAAACUGAAGGUGACCCAAGACACCGCUUAUUGGGAUUUAAAACAAAAGUUACGUGGAGUAGAGAUCAACCAUGCGAAGCUGCAGCAGAACAUGCUGGAGGUACAGAUGCAAUACGAAACAGUUUCCGGGCAGUAUCAAGAGGAAUUGAGACAGAAGCCGGAAGUUUUGAAUAAAUUAGGCAGCACCCGCGAGAUCUGCAACGUACUAGCAGAAUAUGGCGAACGCCUUCGGGAAACAUUGUCUCGCUGUAAGGCGGACCAAUCAGCUCUUUGCGAGUCUUACCAACAAUCGGAACAAGUGGUCUGCAAAAUGAAGACUCAGCAGCUACAGAACGAAGAGAAAAACAAGCAGGUUAUUGAGAACCUGCAGGAUAAACUGAAAAUGACAACAGAACAUCAGAGCCAGCUGGUGCAAUACUUCACCACAGAGCAACAGCGUGUUGAUGCCGAGUUAGUUGCAGUAAAAAAUGAACUAGCAUCUGUUCAGACCUCUAAAGAGCAGCUGAUAGCUACAAAUGCUGACCGUAAUCGCCAACUAGACCAGUACCGCCAAGAACUAGAAGAGAAAGAGGAAGCCGUGGCGCACCUUCGAAGAGAUAUUAAGCAAUUGAUUCACGACUACAACGGUCAAGCUGCUGAAAUGAAAUUGGAAAUGUCACGGGUUGAAAAAGAACUCAAAGAAGUAACUGCUAGUAACGACUCUCUAAAGACAGCUCUGAACAAUCAAGAAACUUACAUUCAGAGCAUUUGUGAGGAAAACAAUGCAUUGCAAGAAAAACAUGCAGCAUUGGAGCAGGAACAAAAAACUACUGGAAACAUUGUGAAGGAGCUUCGAGCUAAUAUUCAGGAUGCGACCAAAGAUAAUGCCUCUUUAAAAGCCAAACUGGGAAUUUCAAUGAACCAGAACAAAUGCUUAGAAAAAGAAAUUAUUAAUAAAACCCAGCUUCUAGUGGAUGCAGAAAGGGAUAAACAGGAAUUGCUGUCCAAAAUAUCAAUUAUAGAAAAGGAAAACUGUGAAAUAAUAGCUGAUUUGAACAAAGUCACAAAUGAGGUGGAAUCUCGAAAUGUAAGAAUUCAGGAGCUAACAAUCGCUGAUGGAGGACAUAGAAAACAAAUUGAAGCUGUAGAAGAUGCUUUAAAAGUGUCAAGAGAUGCAGCCGGUGCUAAGAUCACAGAACUGACAACAAUCAUCGAAACCAAAAAUCAAGAGCUUGACUCCAAGGCAUCUACAAUUUCGCGUCUGACUACUGAAGUAAUGACCGCUGUAGAUGCUCGAGUUACGUUAGAAAUUGCCCUGCAGAACACCAAAAGUGAUAGAGACACACAGAGACGGUCAACUACGGAAAAAGAGCAAAAAAUGACACAACAGAUUAAAAGAUUGGAAGUUGUUGUUAGAACCAAGGAUAACCACCUUUCGAAACACAUGAAUAGUAUUAUGGAACUCAGAAGCGACAAGGAACAUCUACAACACAAGAUCAGAAACAUGCAGAACAAAAUUGACAACAUUCAGAAGGAACUUACUAGACCAUCAAUCCAACCUGAAUUAGAAGAUAAUGCUGUUAUGUUGACUCCUUCUAACAGCAGGGUAGUACAGUAA